AUGAUUGAGGCGGCGGUGGACGCGGCGGAGCGGGCGGCGCCCAAGUGGGCGCAGCUGCGGCACUCCGAGCGCGCGGCGGUGCUGCAGUCCUGUGCCGAUACCUUGCGCUCGAACUUGGAGUCGCUGUCCACGCUGCAGACCAACGAAUCUGGGCGCCCCAUCGCGGAGACUCGCAUCGAGGUGCUAGUCGCAGCAGCUUCCUUCGAGAAUGCCGCAAGAUGUCUGGACGUCAGCCAGGAGCAGCUGGUGUCGGAGGACGAGGAGAAGAAGGUAGUAGUGCGGCGAACGCCCUUGGGCGUGGUAGCAGUGAUUGCGCCCUGGAACGCCCCCAUCGUGCUGGGCUGGAAGCCCACCGCCACCGCCCUCGCCUGCGGCAACGCCGUGGUGUUGAAGCCGGCACCCCAGACGCCUUUGACCACGCUCCGCAUCGGCGAGCUGCUGCGGCCCAUCCUGCCCCGAGGAGUUUUGAACGUGGUGGUGGGAGCAGACGACAGCAAUCCCAGGCCGGGCGAGAUCCUGACCAAUCACAGCGCAGUGCGGAAGGUGGUUUUUACGGGGUCAACGGCCAUUGGCAGCAAGGUCAUGGAGGCCUGCGCCAAGGGCUUCAAGCGCCUUCUGCUGGAGCUGGGAGGCAAUGACCCAGCGAUCGUCCGAGAGGACGCUGAUGUGGAGGCCACCGCUGAGGGCCUCUUCAAGGGAGCGUUCUUCAACAAUGGCCAGACCUGCUGUGCUGCGAAGCGCAUCUACGUGCAGGAGAAAAUCUACGACAAGUUUGUGGAGGCCUUCGUGCGGCGGGCGCGGCGCGCGGUGCUGGGCAACGGGCUGAGCGCCGCCACGGAGCUCGGGCCGCUGGCAAGCGCGGUGCAGCUGAAACACGUCACGCAGCUCGUGGAGGACGCGCGCCGGAGCGGUGGCCGCGUUCUCUGCGGCGGCGGCGCCACUGCAGGCCCUCCCGGAGAUGUCAGCUCCAACACUGGCUUGUUCUACCUGCCCACGAUUGUCGUGGGUGUCAAAGAGGGCACUCGCCUGGUGGAUGAGGAGCAGUUCGGGCCCGUGGUGCCGGUGAUGAAGUACCAGGAGGACGAGGAGGCCAUCCUGCGUGCGAACUCCACCAAGUAUGGCCUCGGGGCGUCCAUUUGGAGCAGCGAUCUGGACAAGGCCAAUGAGAUUGCGAACCAGCUUAAGGCGGGCACCGUUUGGGUGAACAAACACUGCGAGUUCAUCCGCAACGCCCCCUUCGGCGGCAUCGACGAGUCGGGCAUCGGCAGGGCGGGUGACCUCGCGGAGCAGGACCUCAACCAGUACACCGAGAUCAGGACUUUGUGCCUCGCCAAGGCCCCGCCCAAGCUGCCCCCCGCCGUGGAGACGCUGCGCAGGACUCCGGAGGUUCGCAUCGAGGAAAGAGCGAGGUCCACACUGCAGCGGCUCUUCAGGCGCCUGCGUCCCACGGACUUCUCGGAGCUCAGUUCGGGCGCCGAGGAAGCCAUGCGGAUGUUCCCCUUCCAGCCCGUGGACCUCCGCAGCGCUUUGCAGAGCCUCCUGCAGCCCAGCGGCCCCGCAGCGGUGAUCCUUCGGGGCUUCCCUCUAGAAGCCCCGACCGCCCGGCGCCGGGUGGAGUCCGAGGCCUCGCUGCUGGGCACCUUGGGCUUGUUGGACGCCCAAGCCUUCGCGUUCCAAGGGGCCGAGGCUUUGGUGCGGGACCUCAAGGAGGAGGAGGCGCUGACUUGGCACAGGGUGGGCCGCAGCUGGCCCAGCUACGACCCGCCCAGGCGGCUCUUCAGGCCUGAGAAGGGCGUCCCGGAGUUCGCCUGCGCGCUGUGCUUGCGGGGCCACGACCUCCGCGGCAGCUUCGUGGAUUUUAGGAAGCUUCGCGCGGUGGCAGACCCUGAGGACCUGCAGCUGCUGCAGCAGGAGCCCCUGGCCUUCUUCGACUCCCAGACGGGGCUCCGUUCAGAGCGGGUCCUUGUGGCAGGGGAGGUGGAGGAGGAUGGCAGCGUGACUUGGCUACACGCCACGUUUCUGCUGGGCCGAGCUGCGCUGGUGCCGGUGAACAAGACUCUUUUUGCACUGCAAGUGGCGCCGGCGCCGGAUGCGGCCAUCACCGCAGAGAACCAGCGGCUCAAGAAGGAGAUCGAUGCUGCGCUGAAGCGGGCGGAGGAGGCAGAGGCCAAGCAAAAGGAAGCAGCUGCCAAGGGCGAAGCCACUGAAAAGCUCAACGCCGAGCUGCAAGAUGCUGCGAAAGACAGCAACGCGAGGAACGAGCGUGCCAAGGCACUGGCACAAGCGGAGCUUGUGAACAUGGCCAAGGUGUGGCGUGCGCAGCGGGCCGUCGAGGAGUGCAAGGGCAUCCGCGAGGUGUCUCAGGCUCGCUUGGAGUUCUGGCGUGACGCCCUCAGCACUGCGGAGGCCAAGCGCCAGGACAUGGAGACCAGCCACUCCGAGGCGAGCAGGGUCCGAGACUCCGCCGCCGAGGUGGCACAAGAUGCCGCGCGGGUGGCGGAAGAGGCUGAGAGCCAACUAGCGCAGGCGCAGGCGCUGAUGUCGGAGGCGCUGCGGGUGGCUGAGGAGUGCCGGCAGAAGGAGCGGGAGGCCUACGUCGCCUCCUUCGGCUGCGACGGGCUGCUGGCGGCCACGUCCUCGGCGCUCAGCGAGUCGGAGCAGGCGGAGCAGCUGGCGCAGGAGUCUGUCGCCAAGCGCGAGGCGGAGAUGCAGGCCCUGCAAGACGCCCUGCUGGCCGCGCGGGAGAUUCUGCGCAAGGUGCAAGGGAACAAGGAGGUGAAGCUGCAGGAGAAGGAGCGCCUAGAGCAAGAGAAGUCGGCCAAAGAGGCGGAGCUUCAAGAAGCGGAGCGCGCGCGACAGCAGGCGGAGGCGGACCUGGCGCGGACGGAGGAGUCCUUGGCGGAGGCCAAAGCCGCGCUGCUGGAGGCGCAGAGGGACUUGGCGCAGAAGCGGGGCACCGAAGAGAGCUCAUCGAUCAAAGAGGAGACCAUCCAGAGCUUUGCGAUGGAGGCGGAGCAGAUCCAGCAGUCCACCAAAGUGGAGCUGGAGACCUCCGAGGACCAUACCGUGCAGGCUGAGGAGGCUCUGCAGCGCGCUGAGGAGCUUCUGUCAGAGCAGAAGGAGGAGUCCAAGCAAUUGGAGGUGAGGAUGCGGGAGGAGGCAUCCAGAGGCGAUCAGAAGUCCGCCAUGGAUGCCGCGGCCAUUGCCGCGGCCCGCGCGCUGCUGGAGCUGGUGCCGUUCAAAGAUCCCAGCCAAGGUGUGCCGAAGUGGCAGGAGGCGCCGCCCAUUUUCAGCGCCGCCUACGAGAAGACCUCUUUCAGCCUGCGGGAGAAGUCGAGCACGCCCAAAACCCCACGCGAGGCGAGCGAUGGCUCGGAACGGGCCCCGCGGGCCGUGGAGACCGCAGAGGCCGCGGAGGCAGAGGCGGUGGCGGCGGACGUGUCCGAGGCGCCCGCGGCGGAGACGCCGGAGCCGCUGGAGGGCGAGAAGGCACCGGAGCGAGAGAAGGAGCCCACGGAGGGCGGCUUGUCGAUGCGGGGUACUGCCGCCGAAUGA